AUGUUGAACACAGCCCGACCGCCGACGGCAAAACCAAAGAGCAACAACAGCAACAGUACUACUAAGCAUCGCAUGGCAAAGCUCUCCAUCUUCCUCUUCACCAUCUCCGCCACCGCACUCUUCUUCUACCUCUCCGAAAUCCAGUCCCUCCGCCUCCGCUCUCCUCCCUCCUCUUGGUUCUCCGACCUCAUCCGCACCGACUCCUCCUCCUCCUCCGCCGCUGUCACCACCGGUGAUCAAGAAGUACAACAAGCUGACGAUGAAGAGCACCGGCUCAUCGUGGACUCCAUGACCGAAAAGCUCCGACAGUCGGUCACGUUCCUCCCGCUCAAGGACCUCCGCUACUCCCCCGUGCCCUUAGAAGGACACACGUGGUUCAUGAGCUCGUUGUUCGACUUCCAGGACGAGGACGGCGGGGUCCAGUACCAGGAGUUCCCCUUCGCCGCGGAACCGGGGAAGGGGAACUCCCUGGGACGGCUGCUCUGCCUGAAAGGCAGAGACACCCACGAUGGGUCGUGGAACUACUACGCGCUGGCAUGGAAGGAAGCCCUUCCGGUCAACGCCACCCUGAUGAAAGGGCUGACCUUCGUGUCAUACAACCACUACGACUACGGCAACAUCUGGCACGGGCUGUCGAGCCUCGUGCCGUUUGUUGCCUGGCACAGAGCCCACCGGUGUGGAGACUCCUCGUUUCCGGACAGGUGGGUUCUGUACCACUGGGGGGAGCUCAGGUUGGGGAUGGGGCUCUGGCUUCAGACGUUGACCGAGGCCAUAUUUGGGGGCGGGGGCCCUCCCAGAGUGGAGGGUUUUGAAGGGGUUGGUGAGGACCAACCGGUCUGCUUUGAGAAAGUUGUGGUGACGAGGCACAAUGAGGGUGGGAUGUCGAGGGAGAGGAGGAUCGAGACCUACGACCUGAUGAGGUGCAAGGCUAGGGUUCACUGCAACGUCAGCCUGGGUCGGAGGCCAACCGACGAUCAGGGGGUGUCUGUGAUCGGGAUGACUCUGUUCCUGAGGACCGGGGCGAGGUCGUUUCGGAAUGAGAGUGCAGUGAUUAGGGUGUUUAGGGAGGAGUGUGGGAAGGUGGAUGGGUGCAGGAUCCAGGUGGCUUACUCCAAUAAUCUCACAUUUUGUGAACAGGUGAAGUUGAUGAGCUCGACCGAUAUUCUAGUAUCACCACAUGGAGCUCAAUUGACAAACAUGUUCCUAAUGGACAAGAACAGCAGCGUGAUGGAGUUCUUCCCCAAAGGAUGGCUAAAGGUCGCCGGCGUGGGCCAGUUUGUUUACCACUGGAUCGCCAGCUGGUCGGGGAUGAACCACCGCGGCGCGUGGCGGGACCCCGACGGAAAUAACUGUCCGUUUCCCGAGGACGAUCGCCGGUGCAUGUCGGUUUUCAAGGACGGCACGAUCGGAGUGAACGAGACUCAUUUUUCGCAGUGGGCUCAGAGUGUCCUCGGUGAGAUGAAAGCUAGGAAGUUGGAAGAUGCAAAAAUGACGGCAAACGGGAACAAUUUUGAACAUGUCCCAAAAACUUGUCAUUGUGGUUGAUUUAUUAGUAUGGAACCCUUUUUUCACAUAAGGGAAGCUUUUCUUAUUGAUUUUUGUUAUCCGAUAGUUGGCGAGAAAU